AUGGAGCUAAGUAAGGUCACCUUAGAGAUCUUCACGAAGCUUGAGCAGAAAUGGCUCUCUCACUGCGAAACCACAAAGAAGACUCGGAUUCUCAGCAUUGAUGGCGGAGGAACCACCGGCAUUGUCUCUGGAGCAGCCUUGAUCCACCUCGAGGAUCAGAUCCGCCUCAAGACCGGCGACUCUCACGCUCAAAUCACCGAUUUCUUCGACCUCAUUGCCGGAACGGGUAUCGGAGCCGUCCUCGCCGCCAUGCUUGUCUCCGACGACGGCUCCGGCCGUCCUCUCUAUACCGCUAGAGAAGCUGUGAACUCCAUCGCCGGGAAAAACUCCGACUUGUUCAAGGUCAGGCUCGCUGGAGUUUUCCGCCGUCGCCGGAGAUACUCAGGCAGCAGCAUGGACAAGGCGUUGACCGAGUUGUUGACUAGGGAGGACGGCAAGGUCUUGACGCUCAAGGACACGUGUAAGCCUCUCCUGAUUCCCUGCUACGACAUGAAGAGCUCGGCCCCGUUCGUCUUCUCCCGAGCCGACGCCUCCGAGUCGCCGAGUUUCAACUUCGAGUUGUGGAAAGUCUGCCGCGCCACGUCAGCAACGCCAAGCGUCUUCAAGCCGUUCAGCCUGAGCUCUGAAGACGGAAAGACGUCGUGCUCGGCCGUGGACGGCGGUCUGGUGAUGAACAAUCCGACGGCGGCGGCUGUGACGCACGUGCUAAACAACAAGCGCGACUUCCCCUCCGUCAACGGUGUCGAGGACUUGCUGGUUUUGUCGUUAGGCAACGGCCCCUUAACCGGAGGUAAACCCCAAAGUAACGGCCAGUCGUCGGUCGUUGACAUUGUGCUUGACGGAGUUUCCGAGACCAUUGACCAAAUGGUGGGGAACGCCUUCUGCUGGAACCGUACGGAUUACGUGAGAAUUCAGGCGUUCGGAUUGGGCAGCGAAGGGGUUGUGGGCCCUAGAUCGGGGGAGGAAGUGAAGGUGUUGAAGGAGAGAGGGGUGGAGUCGUUACCGUUUGGCGGGAAGCGGUUAUUGACGGAGACAAACGGAGAUAGAAUCGAGGGUUUCGUGCAACGCCUCGUGGCUUGUGGAAGAAGCAGUCUGCCACCUAGUCCCCGCAAGGAUUCUUCCGUUAGCCCUCUCUCUAACGGCAGUUAG